AGUAGAUAAGACGAGAUGCAAAGAUCUUAUUACUCCAGCUAGACGAUGAUGAUUGUGGAUAUUGUAACGGGUGCAACUCAAGGCAUUGGCAAGGCAGUGGCCGAAUACAUUGCCAUGCAGAGAAGCGAGAGUCUAUCAAAUGUUGCUACUCAGAAGAAUCAGAAUCAUUAUGCACUGGUGCUGGUGGGUCGCAACGAGGAUCGUGGAACUCAAGUCCGGGAUUUUCUGCGCUCUUCGACCCAACAGCUCCAAGUUCAUUUUGCAUCGUGUGACUUGAGCGAAUGGAUGCAAGUGCAAGAGUUGCCUAGCCGCGUAGCAUCCUUAGUUCUGGGCGAUACAGACAAUACUGAUGAGCUGUUCCAAGUGGGUAUCUUGGUGAACAACGCUGCCGAGUGCCCUCCGCAGCAACGAUUUGUGGACCGGAUGCGACGACAAAGGGACGGCAACAACAUUGCAAUGGAAAAAGUAGACAAACAGUUUGCUUCCAAUGUAUUGGGAUACCAUUUUAUGAUUCGGGCCUUUCAAGACUACUACUAUGCCGUACACCAGGAAGGGAAUGCGACGACUACUCAUAUCGUCAAUGUAGCCAGCACUUGGGCGGGAUGCCUCGAUUUGACGGACAUUUCCUUUCAGCGGCGUGGGUACAGUAUGACAAUGAUGAUGCCUAUCGACAAUCCAAGCAAUGCAAUCGAAUGCUCAGCCGAUUCUGGAGCCAACGAUUAUUGGAGCAAGGAGUUUGGGUCAACGCGUGUCAUCCAGGAGAUCCAUGUACGACCUUGAGCAAGGAUUUGGGAUACAACCUACACGCAUCCGCUCCCAACACCAACCAAAUCCUUCGGGAUUCUCCCUUUCCACUGUUGUGUGGACUACUAGACAACAACGAACAACAUGAGCUCCAAACGACGGGAGGAUGGUUUCUGGGUACUGGCACCAAACCAUCCCGCUGUGGAUUUGACCGACUCACCAAGGAAACGCAAGAACUCUUUGAUUUGUGCGAGAGCUUUUGCGUUUGACAUGAAUUCUUUCUCCAUUUUUUAAAAACACUAGCUAGCAAGUUCUUCAAUGUCCCUUGCUCCACUGUGCUGUUAUUAUUGCAGGGCCAGUGGGGAGAUUGCAAACAUUCAAAGGCGGCUGCUGGUAGUUACUACCUUGAUAGACUGCUCACAACCCACAAACGCAUCAUGGACACUCUCAAAAUCAAGGAAUCAUCACCAGUUUAUGGCACUGGGACUGGUCCUUUGGUGUCGCCCUCAAUACAGUUUACUGUACCUACCAGCUGCUUCUCUGGUCGAGACUCGACUCAUUUAUCCAAACAAGCUUACAGCACAGGCAAGCCAACAGAAGAUACAGUAGAGUCUUGACUACACCACAGCAAAACUAUUGAACAACACAUCUAACUCUCUC